AUGAAAUUAAAAAUAGACAAAGAUCUUUUGCCUGUAAAGUUAUACAUAUAUUUUGUAUUUUUUUUUGCAUCGCUCGGCCCACUGUUACCCCAGAUGAAUGUCUUCGGACGGCAGCUGGGUGUAUCGCCAGCGGUCAUGGGGCUGGUGACGGCGGUCCUACCCCUACUGUGGGCGGUCGCUAAGCCCCUGUUUGGCUACAUCGUCGACUUUUGGCCAUCUAAGCGAAAAAUAGUCUUCAUGAUGUUAAUCGUAGUAAUGACAGGGUCCUACUGUGGCCUGUGGUUCCUUCACAUGCCCGAGGAACCCCAAAAUACGGAACCGCUCCUCGAAUCGAUCUACCAACUAAACGACACGAUCUACCUUAAAACGUACCCAAACAAUACAGACGCCUUCUUGGAAAAGUACACGUGUCACUGGAACUGCACGACAGAUAAUAAAUUCCACGUGUACUUGUCAAAUUCGACGUACAUAAACACUAUGUACACGGACGAGAGGAAUAUAUCUUGCUCUUUCCUACACAUGACGUCUGACGACGUGCGACAAGGAGAGGUGACUUGUCUACCGAAGAAAGAUUGCAACCUUCUUUGUUUCGAAGAUAUGGUAGAAUUUAAUAGGAGUAAGGGAGAGAUAGAUAGUUCGAAAGUGAAUAGUUUAGACAUGUUAGAAAAGGAUGGGAAUAAAAAGGUUCCUGAAACUGUAGAAUCGGAGGGUAGUUUCUACGUAACGGUGACAUUUUGGGCAUUUGUUGUCUUGGUGUGUAUCGGAACGGUCGCUUUUAAUGUUGCGAAUUGUAUAGGAGAUGCUGUGUGUUUCGAUGUAUUGGGACCUGAACGCGGUUCAAAAUAUGGGGCACAGCGGGCUUGGGGCACGGCUGGCUACGGGGCUACCGCGUUUUUUGGGGGCUGGCUUGUUGACGUGAUGUCGGAUAGGUACAAGGAUUUUACCCCGGCGUUCAUCAUAGCUAUAGUAGCCACCUGUAUCGAUUUGUUCGCUUGUAGGAAACUUAACCUACCACCACUAUCAAGUCCGGAUGAUUCAGGCAAAGCGUUAAAGGAAGUCCUGAAGAUACCGAGGGUCCUGGUGUUUAUAACGUUCGCUGUGGUUGCCGGUACCUUCGACAGCUUCAUGAUAUAUUAUACUUUCUGGUUUCUGGAGGAGCUAGCCGAGGAAACCAACUCGAUGGCUAAGAUCAAGCUCAUAGAGGGGGUUGUGAUUGCGGCGCAGAGUUUUAUCGGCGAGUUGCUAUUCUUUUUCUUCUCAGGUAAAAUAAUAAAGCGUUGGGGUUACGGUACGACCAUAACGUUUUGCCUGUUCUGCUACAGUUUGAGAUUGGUCCUCAUCUCGAUUAUACAGCAUCCCUGGCAUCUUGUUUUCAUUGAGGGCGUGAUGCAGGGCCCCACGUACGCGCUGUGCUACUCCGCCAUCGUGGGCUACGCGGCGCGCGUGGCGCCCGGCGGGUACUCCGCCACCGUGCAGGGCAUCGUGGCCGGCAUGGACGACGGCCUGGGAUUCGCCCUAGGCUCCCUGGUGGGGGGCCUCCUGUACAGCUACUCGGGGGGCCGGCAGUCGUUCAGGAUACUAGCCGGCUUGGCUGUAAUAGCGGCUGUCCUACACGCCAUUCUGUUUUCUAUCGUCACUCGUAAUGAUAAAGAUAAAAAACAAACGGAAGUGACGUCACCGGAAGGUGAGAAAAUGUUGCAACACGAACUUAACAUCACCAACGCCAUCUACCGCGACACGGUGGUACCACUCGACGGUAAGACUGAGAACAGGUAACCUUAGCCUCAAAUUAAUAAUAAAUUAAUUUACAGUAAAUUUGAACCCCAGUAAGACUUAAACUUCGACCCUUUUCCCACAUGGGGUUAAUCUAAACCCCGACUGUGUGACUAUUGAAGUGUAUGCAAUGAUAAAGGAGGGUAGGACAAGCAAAUUUAGUUUGAGAUUAGAUGGAAUUCAAACUUCAUGUAGAUGGAGUACUCCCUUAGGGGGCAAAAUAUUUUCAUAUCUUAUAUUUCUAGUUUUUAUCAUACGGGCGUUGUCCUGCUUCAAAUAAAUAUAAAUAAUAAAUGUGAAAUUGGAAUAAUCGGUAGGCUUUCUCAAUUUUUACAAUUUAAA